CGUGCAUUUAUCAUCGCAGUUAAGUACGUACCUGUUAUUCCAACUUCGAAAUCGACGAGCCUUCUUACGAUGUUUACAAUGUCCUACUCUCGGAUUUUCUAGCUGAUAAACGAAGUUUUUCUUUCUUUUUUUCGGUUUUUUUCUUUCUUUCCCACACACGUUUUAGGUGCACCUGAAGGCAGUUUGCGUGGAUAUUGCUCUUCCGUACUUGCGGCAGACUGCGUGCUUUCUCCCCAAACAGCCCAUGUAAGCGUAUUUGAAUGUCGCCAUGGUCGCUGCGGAGGGAAACGGCGCUUGUCCCAACCAAAGGUACCAACCAAAGCCACUCGCAGGAACCACUUCCCCGUCACCUUCCAGCCAUCCUUACGCUAGACAUCGAACCUCGGCCAUCGACAACCCCAACUCGAGCAUCAACGACGUCGAAAUCGGCUGCUUUGUUCGAACCUUUCCAAUCCCACCUUCUCACCAAAUACCAUCAACCCCUUACGAAACUUUGUUCGCGAUGAGGUUUGCCACUGCCGUCAUCGCCUUCCUCUCCGCUGGCCUCGCGCCGGUCGGCGCCAGUGUCCUGGUCCAGAGAGAUCAGUCCGUUAUCGUCAACGAUGACCUCAAGGUCCCUGGCGACUCGCCUUUGGAGCUUUGCCCCAAGUCCCACGACGACGACAUCGUAAAGAUCGAGAGCGUCGACCUCUCUCCGAACCCCCCUCAGGCUGGCAAGGAGCUUGUCAUUAAGGCUUCGGGAACUGUAAAGCAGCCCAUUGAGAAGGGCGCCUACGUCCUGCUGCAGGUCAAGUACGGUCUCAUCCGUCUUAUCAGCACCAAGGCGGACCUUUGCGAGCAAAUCGAGAACGUCGACCUCGAGUGCCCCAUCGAGAAGGGUGUCCUGAGCAUCACCAAGUCUGUCGAGCUUCCCGCCGAGAUUCCUUCUGGCAAGUAUUCUGUCUUUGCCGAUGUCUACACCGCCGAGGACGUUCCCAUCACCUGCUUGACGGCCCAGGUUGUCUUCUCCCGCAGCAACAAGAAGAGCUUCUUCAGCUUGGACCUUUAAGU